AUGUAUGCAGAGAAUAUUCUAUCUGCGCAAAAAGCUGCGCUUCUCAAAGGUAUGCUGAAGUGCAAAAGCACUGCGUAUUGUAAAUACGGCCCAGGUGCUUUGUCCUUACAAAUAAGGACUGGAGACCCCAGCAACUCCUAUAAAUGGUUGAAAUCAAAGGGACUUGACUCGGUUGAAAAGACUCUUAUGGCGCCAUUACAUUCCGGAUAUUAUGCUCAACACAACAAUAAAUUCGCUGUAGUUAUUAUCGACGAGUACCAUUCUGCUAAGAGAUUUGACCGUCAACUCAACGAGGGUAUUCGGUCGCUUCCUGAUCUGCACGUAAUUCUCUUGACUGGAACACCGAUCUAUAACACAUGGCGCGACUUAUAUGGCCAGCUAGCAUUGUUUGCAGGGCGCUGA